AUGGCGCCAGAUAGUCAUAUCUCGGAAAAUGACGAGAAUAUUCCACCAAAUCAGAUCCCUCUACAGGAUCUCUCAAAAGCAGGAGAUGCCCAGGAGCGUGGUAGAAACCGCGCGGGGAGCAGUCUCUUUUCACAACCAUCAUUGAUCGGGAGGGGAUCGCGCAGGGCUUAUGCAAGCGUCGCAGAGGAGUCUCCAGUUGAUUCGGCUGGACCGAGCAAGAAUCCAUUUCAACGCGCGCCGACGAGAUAUACCGAUGUCAGCUCACCGAUUGACGACCUGGGAGGCUUUGCGCAAGCAAUGUCAUCCGUUGGCCUCAACUUCGAUGGACCGCAAUCGAGGACGUCAAUAUCGGGCCCGUCGAUAGGCCACGGUUUCAACGACGCUGCUUCCGACCUUGAUACCGUACCUCUAGACCCCUACGACGCCCACGACCCUCACGGUGGCUACAACCCCUCCGCAGACGACGAUAGGGUAGGGUUGACUGAUCCUCGAUAUCUCCAACCGAUAAGUGGCGCAGCCGGGACAGACGAGCGACGAAGUACUGACACCGGUGCUCACUCUUCACAUUUUGGCGGUUCACGACUGGGUGAUGAUCUACCUCAUUUGGAGGACGGGCUAGGGAGCCGCCGUGGCAGCCGUGCCCGGGAUCGAUCACGUUCUUUAUCUCCAACGGCGUCGGGCGGGGCUUUGCAGCGCGCUGGCUCCAUGGUCAAAUCUAUGUCGCAGCGUGUGGUCAACCUGAGUAAUGAACCGGAAGUUGUACAACAGUCGAUUGAGAGGGAGGAACUUAAUAAAAAUGCGCGCCUGGACGGACCGCCGGUCCUGCCUGCGAUGGUCGAUUAUGCAGGCAUUACCAUUCCACAGCCUGAAGCGGUUCGCGAGAAUCGCGCAAGCACACUAUGGAAAGAGCGAAAUAACCCGUUCAGAGGCAGGUCACUAGGAUUUCUGGGACCCAGUAAUCCUCUCCGGCUGUGGCUGUGCGAUAUUUUGGUGAAUCCGUUCAUGGAGCCCUUCAUCUUGAUCGUCAUCGUCAUUCAAACCAUCUUGUUGACCGUUGAAGAUGCACUCCCCAAUUACCCACAAGGGGUAAAAUGGGGUAGCAACAAACUUGAUUAUGUUUUCUUCGUGAUCUUCGUCAUCUAUACCCUGGAGAUUGGCUCCAAAAUCUUGGUUUCUGGACUUAUAUUCAACCCUGUCGAAUACAGUACACUGAAUCGCAGCCUCGGUGUCAGGAAAGCGAUUGCGGAGAAGGGCAGGAACCUGAUCACGCCACAUCGUCAGAUGACGACCAAGAAAGCAUCGAUGCUUCAGGCUGAGCCACAGGCCUCAAUUCUGCGCACGUUUACGGGGAUGAAUGCAUUAGAUCCCCAAGUUUACGAAGACCCUUUACACAAACGUCGCGUCAGGCUUGCCCACCGCGCUUUUCUUCGACACUCGUUCAACCGGCUGGAUUUUGUAGCUGUGGUCGCUUUCUGGGCAUCCUUUGUACUUACGUUGUCUGGGGUUGAGGAUGCGCACAAGAUAUACAUCUUUCGAAUGCUGAGCUGUCUCCGCAUCCUACGUCUUCUUGCUAUGACUAACGGCACUUCGGUGAUCCUUCGGAGUCUCAAACGAGCAGCUCCUCUACUCGUUCAUGUCGCAUUCUUAAUCGGGUUCUUCUGGCUUCUUUUUGCCAUUAUCGGUAUCCAGAGCUUCAAGUCCAGUUUUAGAAGGACUUGUGUUUGGAUUGACCCCGAGGGCCAGAGCAAUUACACCUUGAAUGAUCCAUGGGACACCGUACAAUUCUGCGGCGGGUACCUUAAUAGCACAACUGGAGCAAAGAACGCAUGGCUUGACUUUAACGGCGAUAGUGCAGGUUUCAGCCCGAAAGGAUACAUUUGUCCCCAAGGCUCCAUUUGCAAGGAAGGUGUCAAUCCAUAUGCAGGGACUGUGAGCUUCGAUAACAUCUUUCAAUCCUUGGAGCUGGUUUUCGUAAUCAUGAGCUCCAACACAUUCACCGACCUGCUCUACUACACAACCGACAGUGACUACCUCGCAACCGCUUUGUUCUUUGCCUGUGGGUUUGUCAUUUUGAGCUUGUGGUUGGUCAAUCUGCUAGUUGCGGUCAUCACCCAUUCUUUCCAAGUUAUUCGAGAAGAGAGCAAGCGCAGUGCUUUUGCUGUUCAGAAAAUUGAUAAUGUCGACGAAGAUGAGACAUCAUCUCGCAAUAUCAGCUCUCUUAAGCGCGUUUAUGAUCAAACAGAGUGGGUCUGGGUUUGUCUCAUCAUUUUUGAUCUCAUUGUGCAAGCACUUAGAAGCUCGACGAUGUCCAAUGAACGAGCCCGAUUUAUCGAUACCACGGAGACCGUCGUCACUCUCGUUUUCCUGGUCGAAAUUAUCCUGCGAUUUGCCUCGGAUUGGCGCGUUUUUCAUCGACGACAGCGUAAUUUGGUAGAUCUGUUCCUUGUGAUUAUUACCUGCGUGAUCCAACUGCCACCCAUCAAAAACUCCGGUCGUCCAUACACAGUUCUCACCCUGUUCCAGAUUCUUCGGGUCUAUCGCGUUGUCCUGGCCUUUUCUGUCACCAGGAAGUUGAUCAUGGUCGUAUUCCGCAAUACUGUCGGUCUUCUCAACCUGAUCUUUUUCCUCUUCUUGAUGACCUUUCUAUCUGCCAUAUUUGCAACACAGCUGUUCCGCAACCAGAUCCCAGCCACGGAUCCAGGUGGUGCCUCCAUCUUAAUCAACUUUUCAAAUAUCUACAACUCGUUCCUUGGAAUGUACCAAAUUCUUUCAAGUGAGAAUUGGACCACAAUUCUUUACAACGCCACCUCAUAUACAACCAAACACAACACAGCUUGGAUCUCGGCCACAUUCAUCGUUCUUUGGUUCAUUGUGGCCAACUUCAUUAUCCUAAACAUGUUCAUUGCUGUCAUUCAGGAAAGCUUUGAUGUUUCAGAAGACGAAAAACGAAUGCAUCAAGUCCGUGCCUUCUUGGAACAAAAGCAACUCGAUGGAACGCACCAAGGAAACCUAGCACUUUCGAAGAUUCUUCGUGUGGGUCGAGACUCUGCCCGGUACAAAGAUCCACUCGACUAUGGCCCUGCAGCGUUAGAAAUGUUGCUGAAAGACGCUGUGGUGCACGAAUUCCUCGACGAAGAACAGAAUUCGCAAGAAGAACGAGAUAGACCAAAGGAACAGCGAAGGGUGAGCGCAAUGCCCGAAGGAGGGGCGCAGGAGAUCAUUCAACCGGGUUGGAUUUCGCUCUUGUGGACAAAAGUCUCCACACUUAUCAUGCGCCGGGAACCGAAUCCUUUCUACUCAAGGCUGAAGUUUUCCCGCGCUUACGAGGAAUUGGACCCCAGAACCAUGGCAAGAGAAGUCGUCACUGCGGCAGAACAGAGAAAACGGGACCAGCGAGAAUACCUGAUCAAGCAUCCCAAUUAUAACAAGUCACUGUUCAUUUUCCACCGAGAUCACCCUGUUCGGAGGCUCUGUCAGCGAAUCGUCGGCCCGGGGCGUGGCCACCAACGAGUGGAAGGCGUGGACCCGUACAAACCAGUUUGGUAUGCCUUUUCCGCUUUUAUUUACACCACCAUUGUCGCCAUGGUCCUUCUCGCCUGCAUCACGACGCCAUUGUACCAGAGGCAGUUUUACCGUACCGACCGCAAUUGGUUCGUCUAUACCGAUCUUAGCUUUGCCAUCGUCUUCACCGUUGAAGCGACGAUCAAAGUGAUCGCCGACGGCUUUUUCUGGACGCCCAACGCAUUUUUCCGGAGCUCCUGGGGCUUUAUUGACGGUCUUGUACUGGUAACCUUGUGGGUUAGCGUUGGCGGCUCUCUCAGAGAGGACUGGAAUGUCUCCAGAGCUAUUGGCGCCUUCAAAGCACUGAGAGCGCUGCGUCUGCUAAACGUCAGCGACAGUGCCAAAGACACUUUCCACUCUGUCAUUAUCGUUGGAGGAUGGAAGGUCGUGGCUGCUGCCGCGGUUUCCAUGAGUUUCCUGAUUCCUUUCGCGAUCUACGGGGUGAAUCUGUUCAAUGGCCAGAUGGUCAGCUGCAACGACGGCAACUUUUCAGGAAAUUUAACCAACUGUGUCAAUGAGUUUUCAAGCUCACCCUAUAACUGGGAUGUUCUUGCCCCGCGCGUGCCUUCAAACUCCUACUACGACUUCGACAAUUUUGGUGACUCUCUCUUCAUUUUGUUCCAAAUUGUCUCCCAAGAAGGUUGGGUCGACGUGCAAGAAAGUGCGAUGGGUAUCACUGGGAAGAUGAUGCAGCCGCAAGAUUCGAUUGCGCCAGAAAACGGCUUGUUCUUCGUCGUGUUCAACUUGCUUGGUGCCGUGUUUGUCUUGACACUGUUUGUUUCUGUGUUCAUGCGUAAUUACACAGAACAAACCGGUGUUGCUUUCUUGACAGCCGAGCAGCGUUCUUGGUUGGAGCUGCGAAAACUUCUUCGGCAGAUCUCGCCCUCAAAACGAUCCUUCGAUGACAAGAGCAAAAAACUGCGACUAUGGUGUUAUCGAAUCUCAGUCAAGAAGCACGGCCGCUGGGCAUGGUUCGUGACGCUCAUACUUUGUGUUCAUCUGCUAUUACUUGUGCUGGAAUACUAUCCUGAACCUAUCUGGUGGGAGAAGACGCGAGCCAUCAUCUUUUUCGCUUUUAUGUUUGUCUAUGUGGCGAAUGUUCUUAUUCGAUUAAUUGGCCUAGGAUGGCAUCGGUUUAGCCGAAGCUCGUGGGAUCUAUUCUCUCUCGUUGCUGUUCCUGGCGCUUCUAUUACCUGCAUCUUGGACAUUUCAAUGGGCCAAAAUCACGUCGUGGUGGAGCUUAACAAGCUCUUCCUUGUAUCCGUGGCUCUGUUGCUUAUCCCGCGGAACAACCAGCUUGACCAACUGUUCAAAACGGCUGCAGCUAGCUUGUCAGUGAUCGGCAACCUUCUAGCUACUUGGUUCGUUCUAUUCUUGGUGUUUGGUAUCGCAAUGAACCAAGCCUUCGGCCUCACUAAGUUUGGCGAGAAUGAGGAUCACAAUCAAAACUUCCGCGACGUGCCAAAGUCUCUGAUUUUGUUGUUCCGAGCCAGUUGUGGUGAGGGAUGGAACCAGUUUAUGGAAGACAUUGCCACUAUGGCUCCACCUAUGUGCACAUACGACUCCAACUUCCUCGCUUCUGAUUGCGGCAGCGCGGCGUGGGCCCGUUGUCUCUUCAUCGCAUGGAACCUGAUCAGCAUGUAUAUUUUCGUGUCACUUUUUGUUUCGCUGAUCUUCGAAAGCUUUUCCUAUGUCUACCAGCGGAGCAGCGGGCUUUACGCGAUCAGCCGUGAAGAGAUUCGCCGGUUCAAGCAAGCGUGGGCCACCUACGAUCCGGAUGGGACAGGAUUUAUCUCAAAAGAUCAGUUCCCCAGGCUACUCGGCGAGCUCUCUGGUGUCUUUGCAGUGCGGGUCUAUGAGGGAGAAUUCACGGUUGGGAGCAUACUAGAGAAGUGUCGGGUCGCACCUCAAAGGAAUUCGAUGGGUUCUCAUGUAGCAAGAAAUUCGCUUGCUGACCCCCGGCAAUCGAUGCGGCCCAACGCCCGUGUUGUGGCCGGUGUCGAUCUGGACGAGCUUUCUCGCAUUGUAUCGACGAUACCAGUUCAAACCAUCCGAGAACGACGCAAGCGAUUGAAUACCUUCUACGAAGAAGUCCUUGUGUCAGCUGACCCUGAUCGCGGUAUUUCCUUCCAUCAGUGUCUGAUGAUUCUCGCGCAUCACAAUGUGAUUAGUGAUAGUAAGAGUUUGCGCCUCGAAGAAUUCUUACGUCGCCGAGCACGGUUGCAGCGCGUGGAGGAGGCUGUUCGUCGAAACACUGUCAUCGGUUUCUUUGAUACCCUAUACUGGUAUCGCCAAUUCCACCGCAAGUUGCAACUUAAGAAAAACGGCCGGAUGGAUGGGGUCCCGACAUUCUCCGUACCAGAGAUCUUCGUCGACGAAGGCGAUGAGCCCGAGCAUGAGCAACCACCUUCUGGUGCAAUGACACCGCAGACACAGCCCGAGUUUGACGGAGACUACUCACCUAUGCUCUCACCUGUCUCGCACCACCGACGAGCGGAGUCUAGUCCAACUGGGCGCCGAACUCUACCUCGCAUCGAUACCAACCUAACUGGGCACGCAUCAGGGUCCAGCACACCGACGAGAGAGUGGUCCAGUAUCAGUCCCUCGCGCACCCCGCGAGAGAUGUAUGGGGAUCGCACUUCGUUCGACACAACCGAAACGCAUGAGACGCCUUCUCUCACCACUCAUUCGCGCCAGAACAGUGCCAUGAAUGCUCAAGACGUCAUGUCAUCGCUAGAUAACUCCGCCUGGGGCGAGAGUAUUCGGCGUAGUUUCACGCAGCGACGACCGGGCGACCGAACUACUGAAUAG